CACUCCGCCGCGGUCCUGUCUGCCACAGCUCCUCUGGACUUUACUCUGAGCAGGAUCAAAUCUCAGUGGCAUUAUCGCAGAAUGGAUGUGAAACUGCUGGCGGUCGUGGCUGCGUUCAUGGUGAUAUAUGCGCCUCCAUCACAAGCGAAGCCCAUCAGCCUGGUGGAGAGAUGCUACUGUCGCUCAACAGUCAACAACAUCCCACGAAGCUACAUUCGAGAGCUUAGGUUCAUCCACACGCCCAACUGCCCCUUCCAAGUGAUUGCCAAGCUGAAGACAAGCAAAGAGGUGUGUGUGAACCCCGAGAUCCGGUGGCUGCAGCAGUACCUGAAGAAUGCUAUCAACAAGAUGAAGAAAUCCAAACAGGGGAACUAAAAGUUCCCGCAGAGCUCCUCCUGAGCCAUCACAGCCAUUUAACAUGUGAUAUGAGAUCAUCUGGUAUGUUGUACAGCACUUAUCCUGGCUGCUACACUGCAGCCUUUUGCAUGGAGUAAACCUGCAACUCAUCAUGAACACUAAUCCACCAGCCCUGGCGCCGUUUUCACCAUCUUCACCAUCACCUCCUUCACCACUUAUAGAGAUCAUAGAUGUUAUUACUGCAAAGUGCAAUUAUAUCUGUGUGUGUAUGUUUUUCUAACUAUAAUGUAUAUACUUUUUUGUUAAUGGAGUUCAACAGUAAAGAACUAUUUUUGGAGAUUUUCUUGUCCUUUGGCCUCUCUGUCAUUUAGGAAAAGGGAUCUACCCUAGGUUCAAAGUGUUUAAGGGGGUAAGAUGGAGGUCAGCGGGAGGGUUUUCUUCGCAACAAACAUGAGUUUGUAUCCCACAGUCCUGUGGACUGCCGAGCCAGGAGAUUUAUUAUAACUAAUUCUAAACAUGAGAUUUGUUUAUCCUUAUAAUCUGUGAGUUUAAAUUGUACACAAUGAUGAACAGAAAUGUAUAGUUUCAAAGGAAUGGCAGAGCGGCAGAGUUUGCCAAGUUGUAUUCAAAGUUUCAAGUUAAUUGGCACCAUGGAAUUUCAAAGGGUGCUUACCCUGCCCCCAGACUGAAUAUAAGAUGUAUAAAAGAUCCUAGUAAAAAUGGCAAUUACAAUGUUUUUGUGAUGGAAGUUAGGAUGCCAAAUGAGCUCGAGCAUUUCCUGAGCUGUUCUGCGGCUGUGAUUACACAGCUCUGUGUUACCCAACAUGUUGUUAUUUUCUUUUUCAUUCUUAGAGCAAAGCUGAACAUCUGGAUCCCAAACACUUUUAAUUGAGCAACCAAUAAGUCGAAAUUUACUGGAAGCAUCAAACUGUGUCUCUUAACAAGAGAUGUUAAGAACAAGUUGUGUCACAGUUAUCUGUCUUGCUAAAUCGAUGUCAGAAAGUUUAAAUCAUGCUAGAUGGAUUCUGACUGAAUUACAAAGAAGGGUGUACAGAAGUUACCACAUCAGUAAUUAAAACACGAUGUUGAUGCAGUAGAGAAAGUAGUACUGUAGAACCAUUACUGUCAAUGAAUAGAUCUACCUACAACUGUCUUGCAGAUAGCAAUGCACUUUAUAUCUGAUGUAUACAAAAUUUACUAUUACUCACUAAGUCUGAUCAUUAAAUUCUGUCUUUUGUCUUUAUAUUUUAUGUUAAUUGUGCCGUUUCUAUUCUGUUCUCUUUGGUCAUUGAAUGUGUAGUUGCAUUUAACAUUCAUCUAUUCAUUUAAAUCUCCUUAUGUCAUAUGUAAAAUUAAUAUUAUACAAAUGUUUUAUUUUUGUACUCUUUAAUGCAUUUAUAUAUUAAAUCUAAACAUUUAAAUUAAGGAACUGUAUUCGCACAAUUGACUCAUCCAGACAGUGUUUUUAGUAAAACUUGCAUACAGUUGGUCAGUAAAAAAAAAAGGGAAAUCUUUAAAAUGUUGGUUACUGUUACUAUUGGUUACUAUCGUAAUGUAUGCUUUCCUAUACACGUCAUGAGCCUUUACAAUAUAAAUACACAAACUGAUGCACACACAGUUCAGUUAAGUGACUCCUGUGCUCAGUGUAUAGUGAGCUUUUCCAGGGCCAGCACACAGCUGCUGUAAUCUUACUGUACUGGUCAGAGGGUAAAUCUGAAGACUUUGAUGUGCGGACAUGUGUUUAGCUUUACUCACAAGGGCAAACGAGAGCCAAGGACAAUGAUCCUGCCUGUUAUUUAACUAUUAACUCAACAAGCGACCAUUAGGAAAACAUUAGAGCUAAAAGGAAUGAACUUUUAACUUCCCUCUAAGGGCAUUGUGUGAGGUGAGGCAUGAGAUACAUGAGUACAGAGUGGUCCACUGAUUGAAACAUCAGGGAGAUAUAAAGGGGUGGUGGGUGGAAGUCCACAACCCAUUUUUCUGUGUUUACUGAUUGGCUUUGAAGUGGAGGGAUAAAAGCAGGAUCAACAGCUUUUGUAGGAGGUAAAACCAUUGAUUUAGCCAGUGAUAUAGCUCUAGUAUGCCACUUUGGAGUGGGAAUCAGCUAUAAUCAAUGUAUGAUUGUGUUAAACUCAUAUCGCUACAGGAAUCUGCAGGUAGCAACAAGUAUUUUCCUCUCCAGUAAUGUGAAGAUUGGGCAGCUUGUCUUAAGUCACAUUUUAUCAAUCAUACGGAGGAUAGAUCCUCAGAUCUUACAGUACUUGUACUCUGAAUAAAAUAUCUUUAAAACUGUUCACUGAGAAUAUUUCAAAUAAACUUUAUAAAACAAA